AUGUCUUUAGAGCCGAAUCAACCCAAUGAUUCAAACACGGUUAAUGAUAUCGCCAAUUCUUCAGUUGACUGUAACGAGAAACAAAUGAAAUUUAAAUCUCUAGUGUGGCAUCAUUUCACCUAUGAAGAUGCUAAUGGAACCAAAAAGGUUGUUUUUAAGUAUUGUAGAAAGGAAAUUACUUAUACAACCAAAAAUGGAACCAAUGGGAUGCAUACUCACCAUAAGGCAUGUAAAGUACGAAAUCGACAUAUGAAAAUUGAUGAUUUUCAGAGUUGUGUUAUUGAUAUUGAUGAUUUAGAUUUCGAUGAAGACGACGAGGGAAUUGAGGGAGGAUAUUCAAAUGUCAAUGAAUGA